GACCGAUCAUGUUUUUGCUUAUCUAAACUAAAAGGAUAAGAUAGCUGCGACCUAGAUUAAAUUUUAAUCACGUAUUGUUACCCCGUGAGUUCAGACACGAUGUUGUCGCGCUACGUGGUGUCGCAGGUGAAGCACAACGGGUACUUCCUGGCGGGGCUCGCGCUGGGGCUGUGGCUGGCGCUGGCGAUGGUGCCGCUGGACGACGCGCCGCCAUGUGCCGCGCCGCCGCUGCCGGUGCUAGACGACUAUGAGCCACAGCGCGAGGAGAGGCCUGAUCAUGCAGCGGUAGCAGCAGGGCGAGCAGUGCAGCGGCCGCGCUACUACAGCACGGAGCUGGGCAUGCGCGCGCCGCUGCUGGCCGGCGUGCUGGCUGGCGCGGUGGAUGCGCGCUCCGCCGCCAUCAACGACACCGCUCAUGUCCUGCAGCCAGCGUUGAAGUUCUUCAUCACUGCUGAUAGCCGCCAGGCGUCAAGCGGCCUAGCAAACGUGGUGGGUUUCACAGACUCCCGCGCCCUACUGCGGCCCUUCCACGCGCUCAAGUACCUCGCUGACAACUUCCUCGACGAAUACGACUUCUUUUUCUUGAGUGCUGACAACGCUUACAUCAACGCGAGGAGAUUGAAGCAGCUGGUGGCCAGUAUCAGUGUGUCGCAGGAUGUGUACAUGGGCGUGGUCGAGGGCGACAGCCAGUAUUGCUCGCUAGAAAGCGGCAUCCUCCUAUCGAACAGCGUGCUCCGCGCGGUGCACAACGCGCUCGACUGGUGCGUGCGCAACUCGUACUCCCCGCACCACCACGAGAACCUGGGCCGCUGCGUGCUGCACGCGGCGCGCACGCCCUGCACCAACUCCAUGCAGGGUGAGACCUACGUAUCAGCAACUCUAUCGGACCCUCUCCAACUGACGCCAUCUUUAGCAGACGCCGUGACGGCGCAUCCGGCUACACCGCCGCAAAUGUACUCGCUCCACGCGUACGUCUCUAGUGUGCUGCUGACGAGGGCCAAGGAUGAAACGCGAGCGCUGCGGAGGGCUCUACACCGGGGAAUACGCAGUCAUCCGCCUGGGUUCCGCAACGGCACUUGGCCGGGCGGGCUGCGCUCGGAGCCCGGGCUGGCGGCGCCGGCGCCAGACUCGCGCUUCGACCACCCGCGCUGGGUCUCCUUCAACCGCUCGCACGCCUACAUGCUGGACGAUCUCACCUCCGUCCGGCCCCUGCCCCGAGCACACAUCGCGGCGCUCGACAUGGUGUGGGAGACGGCCCGCGCUUGGGCGCUGCGGCAGUUCGGCGCGCGCGACGCGGCGCUCGUAGAGGGCGCGCUGCGCUGGGAGCCCGCCACCGCGCUGCGGUACAGGCUGCUGCUGAGGCUCACGGGAGACAAGGACAGUGGACAGGCAGUCCGUCUUCGGCAGUUGGAAGUGGUCCGCCCGUUAGGCGCGGCGCGGCUGGCCCCUGUUCCGUACGUCACCGAGUCCGCACGGCUGGCAUUGGUGUUGCCUGUGCUACUUACACAACAUGCUGAACAGCAACAAUUGGAAGACGCUGCUGCCUUCCUCACGCGCUACGAGGCCGUCUGUCUGAACAAGGAUAAGAACACUAAUCUGGUUAUAGUACUAGUGACAGAAGGCACGGAACCAGAACAGGCAUCCUCGCUUCGCUCGGCCGCCGCGGCCACAGCCAAUAGGCACCGCGCCAACAUAGAGGUCCUGUCAGCCACACUGUCGUCUGCAGACGAGACCGAGUUACAACGAGCGGCGCGCGCUGGAAGAGCAGCUUUAGAGGCGGGGCUGGCGAGGUUGCCGCGCGACGCGCUCGUCCUGCUCGCUGACAUCGCCAUGGAGUUUAACGAGGAAUUUCUCAACCGGGCCCGUAUGAACAGUAUAUCGGGCGUGCAAUGGUUCCUGCCGUCUGCGUUCGCCCGCUACAACACGUACACGCACCCUAAGGUGGUCGCGCCCGACGGCUCGCGGCCGCAGCACCACACGGGCCGUUUCACGCCCCGGGACCCCGUCCUGGCUGUGUAUAAACAGGAUUAUAUGCAAGCCGCAUCCGAUUGGCGCGCCAGCGGAGGCUCUGAGUCGGCCUCAGCGGCCUCAAUACUUGCGGCCUCGCGGCUGCGAGCACUGCGCGCGCCCGAGCCCGGCCUCGUGUUACAGCCGUCGGCCCCUCCCUGCCGAUACAGCGAGAACCGCGGCUCAUGUCUGUCGAAACUACGCGAAGCGGGAGAGUUCGAGCUGCUCGAGUUGGGCGCGAAGCACGCGCUCGCCAAACUCGAACUCGAGGUGAAAGCCGAACUCGAGUGAUACUCGAGUGAUAUCAAUAUGUCAUCAGUGU